UCUGACAAACAAUCAAAACCGAAACCGUCGAAUGGCGGCACGUAGAGUUGUGAAUCGAGGGUUUGCUGCGGCGUCUCUUUUUUUGUAGCUCAAGGAGAUGUUAACGACCGCUGCUUCACGUAACCUCGAAUUCACCAGCGUCACUUAACGAUAUUUGCGUUAUUCGAAGGACGGCGAAUCAAUUCCGGUAUGGAGGGCGACCCGGAAUCGUCGAAGUGGAAACCAGCGCUCACUCGGCUGAUGGCCAUCCUGAAGAGCGUUCAAGCUCAGGUCGACGCAGAGCGGCGAUCGGUGGACACUAUGAACGAGUUUUACCGACAGUUCAACUCGGUAGCCGUCACCACCGAAGAAACAAAAGAAAAUCAAGCUAGCACCCCUCAAAUGGACGUAACGCAAGCUAAGCAAAAACUGGGAGACUUUCUGGAGAAAGCUGACACGGUGCUAGCCAAAGCGAGAAGUCUGAGGCACACAGACAGUGGAGAUGGCUCCAGUAAAAAUGAAAGGCAUUCGACAAAAAUCAGAAACCCCUCCACCGUGGUUACAAAGAAAAUUGAUGACCGCCAGCCUGAUAAGCCCCAAGUUGUCACAAGGACGACUGUGCCAAAACAGGGGGCACGUUCGCGCAGUCGUUCGGUGGUGACGGUGAGGAAGGUGGCCAUCGUCAGGGACCAGCCACGCUCUACCUCCCAGUCGCGAAACCAGAAGCAGCGCCGACAGCCGAGUCCGUCAAAGAAAAGCGAUAAAAUCGCUUACAAAGAAAUGCUGAGCUCUCCGGAGGUUCAAGCGCAGCUGCGCGAGUUCUCCACUCUAGUCGACGAAGCGCGGAAGUGCGCUGCGAAGGACACCGACUGCCCCGAGCGACUGCAGUUCCUGGCCUUGUAUGACUCAGAGGAGACUGCUGCUGAUGGCGAAUCGAGCAAAAGUGAAAUAUCGUCGGUGCUGACAUCACCAACUUUUCCAUCGCGGGAGGAGCUGCGAAGGGAGUUUCGUGCCUACAUCGACAGUAAAUGCGCUUCCUUGGACAAGUUCGUUCUGGACUUGUGUGCCGAAAGUAUUGUGCCACUUCUGGAGAGCACGCCAUGCCCGGACCAGGAAUACGCUGCGGUCGUGCAGACUUUUUACGGGAUCAUCUGCAACAAGGGACGUCGUUUUCCAGCGUUCGUUGACUGCGAAUAGUGACGAGGGCUUUUGCCUUUGUUGCCCCUACCUUCGAAAUGCUCAACCAUCUGUAUUAGGCAUUUUUCGAUGCAUUUUUAUGCAUUUUUGAUGACCGUAUUUAUUUAUACUUGUACCUCAUUUUAUACCAGAGCUGUGAAAAUAAACCGAAUUGCUCAAUUCCCUCUCGGUUUAUUUUAAUAUCAGGGUUCCCAAACGAACGGCCU